UUUGCGCAAAAUCACAAUAUUCGUCAUUGUCAUCUCUCGUCUCGUCUCUCGUUGGACGUGCGACAGGAUGGGGGCUCCAGAGUUGAUUCGUUUCAUAGUGUUGUUACAGCUUGUCAAAGGGUACUUAGCAUCGGAUGGAAUAUGCACCACUACUGUUAUGAAGACAUUUCGUAAUCGCUACAGUUACGUGGAAUCAUAUCGGAGAUACGUGGACAAAGACUGUUGGUUUUGUUUUGAAGAUCAUGAAUGGAGAACUUUCACCCAAGUCGCGUAUUAUACCAAGAGUCAUCAAUACGCGAGUACAGAAAAGGUCUGCUGCUCUGGUUACAUACGCAAUCACGAAUACAAUACACUCGUGUGCGAACCAGAAUGCCAGAAUCCCUGUGUAAACGGAGAAUGCAUAGCCCCUGAAAAAUGCGAAUGCAAAAAGGGUUAUGUCAAAUUAGAUCAAUAUAGCUGCAAGCCGUUCUGCUCAAAUGGCUGUCCCCAUGGUAGUUGUGUUGCACCCGAAACUUGUAACUGUGACUCUGGAUGGCAAAUGGUUCAAUCGAAAAGUUCUGGGGAUAAAUCAUGCCAGCCAGUAUGUUCAAAGCCCUGUGUUAAUGGAAGUUGCAUAGCCCCUGAAAAAUGCGAAUGCAAAAAGGGUUAUGUCAAGUUAGAUCAAUAUAGCUGCAAGCCGUUCUGCUCAAGUGGCUGUCCCCAUGGUAGUUGUGUUGCACCCGAAACUUGUAACUGUGACUCUGGAUGGCAAAUGGUUCAAUCGAAAAGUUCUGGGGAUAAAUCAUGCCAGCCAGUAUGUUCAAAGCCCUGUGUUAAUGGAAGUUGUAUAGCCCCUGAAAAAUGCGAAUGCAAAAAGGGUUAUAUCAAGUUAGAUAACUAUAGCUGCAAGCCUUUCUGCUCAAGUGGCUGUCCCCAUGGUAGUUGUGUUGCACCCGAAAUAUGUGUCUGUGACCCAGGAUGGCAAAUGGUUCAGUCGAAAAGUUCUGGGGAUAAGUCUUGCCAGCCAGUAUGUUCAAAGCCCUGUGUUAAUGGAAGUUGUAUAGCCCCUGAAAAAUGCGAAUGCAAAAAGGGUUAUGUCAAGUUAGAUGACUAUAGCUGCAAGCCGUUCUGCUCAAGUGGCUGUCCCCAUGGUAGUUGUGUUGCACCCGAAACUUGUGUCUGUAAUCCAAGAUGGCAAAUGGUUCAAUCGAAAAGCUCUGGGGAUAAGUCUUGCCAGCCAGUAUGUUCAAAGCCCUGUGUUAAUGGAAGUUGUAUAGCCCCUGAAAAAUGCGAAUGCAAAGAGGGCUAUGUUCAGUCAGACACUUACAACUGCAAGCCUUUCUGCUCCAGUCGAUGUCCCCACGGCAGAUGUAUUGCACCAGAAAUAUGUGUCUGUGACCCAGGAUGGCAAAUGGUUCAAUCGAAAAGUUCUGGGGAUAAGUCUUGCCAGCCUAUUUGCUCAAAUCCCUGUGUUAAUGGAAGUUGCAUAGCCCCAGAAAAAUGCGAAUGCAAAAAGGGUUAUGUCAAGUUAGAUAACUAUAGCUGCAAGCCGUUCUGCUCAAGUGGCUGUCCCCAUGGUAGUUGUGUUGCACCCGAAACUUGUAACUGUGACUCUGGAUGGCAAAUGGUUCAAUCGAAUGGGUCCAUGGAUAAGUCUUGCCAGCCUAUUUGCCCAAAACCUUGUGUAAAUGGGACGUGCGUAGGCCCUGAUAAAUGCGAAUGCAAAAAGGGUUAUGUCAGGUUAGAUAACUACAGCUGUGGACCAUUUUGUUCCAGUCGAUGUCCCCAUGGUAGUUGUGUUGCUCCAGAAAUAUGCAGCUGUGACCCAGGAUGGCAAAUGGUUCAAUCGAAAAGUUCUGGGGAUAAGUCUUGCCAGCCUAUUUGCUCAAACCCCUGCGUUAAUGGGACAUGCAUAGCCCCUGAAAAAUGCGAAUGCAAAGAGGGCUACGUUCAGUCAGAAUCCUACAGCUGCAAGCCUUUCUGCUCCAGUCGAUGUCCCCACGGCAGCUGUGUUGCCCCAGAUGUAUGUGUCUGUGACAAAGGAUGGGAAAUGGUGCAAUCGAAAAGUUCUGGGGAUAAAUCGUGCAAAUCAGUAUGUUCAAAGCCCUGUGUUAAUGGGACAUGCAUAGCCCCUGAAAAAUGCGAAUGCAAAGAGGGCUACGUUCAGUCAGACACCUACAACUGCAAGCCUUUCUGCUCCAGUCUUUGUCCCCACGGCAGCUGUGUUGCCCCAGAAAUAUGCAGCUGUGACCCAGGAUGGCAAAUGGUUCAAUCAAAAGGUACUGUGGAUAAGUCUUGCCAGCCUAUUUGCUCAAAACCCUGUGUAAAUGGGACGUGCGUAGGGCCUGAAAUAUGCGAAUGCAAAGAGGGUUAUGUCAAGUCAGAAAACUACAGCUGUGGACCAUUCUGCUCUAGUAAAUGUUUGCAUGGAACUUGUGUUGCUCCAGAAACUUGUGUCUGUGACUCAGGAUGGCAAACGGUUCAAUCGAAUGGCUCUGUGGAUAAAUCUUGCCAGCCGAUGUGUUCAAAGCCCUGUGAGAAUGGAACAUGUGUGGCCCCAGAGACUUGUGAAUGUCUCCCUGGUUAUAUGAAGCUAGGUUAUAUUUGUCAGCCGGACUGUGGAGAUCGGUGUCUGAAUGGUGUCUGCACGAGUCCUGGUAUUUGUUCGUGCAAUCCGGGAUGGUACAAAAGUGACUUCAAUGGUACGUGCGUGGCAGAUACGCCAGAAGUUGGUGCAAGUGAGGAAAACUGGGUGCUGUCUAACUGGAUAUACAUCUUAGCUGUUGUAGGCCCCGUUUUGUUGGUGGUUGUCAUGGCGUGUCUUAUAAUAUAUUUCAAAAGGAAGAACUCCAAGAUUGAUGAAUCCGUGGAACUUCCAGCUCAAGAAAUAAAGUCAAAAUUUAUAAGUAAGAAGAGACAGGCGUACAACAUUAGCAGUCAAAAUUCAGAGCUUAUUAAGAUCUACCAGCAGUUUGACAUUCUUCCUAAUAGAACUACUCCCCAAGAUAAAAAUAUUCAGCAGAGGACGAUCCAAAUAAUUCAGUAUCAGUGGCGCUACAGAGAUAGAACGAUGUUCUUGAUAAUUUUAACUGUUUUUUUACAAUUGUUAAAUGUUCUUAAUGCAGAGAAUAAAGUUUGCUCCGAGGCAGAAGGGGGGUACCGUAAUUCAUACGAAACGUACAGGGCGACAAUGGAGGUUUGGGUGCCAGACCGAAGCUGUACGGGCAGUGAUUGUAAAAAAGUAAAACGAGUCUACACUUAUAUAGCAGGCCAUAAUGUUACAAAAUUUGUGACGUCAUUGAAAUUGUCCUGCUGCUCGGGUUAUGAGAGAGAUACUACUUAUUCCACACUGGUCUGUAAACCAAAAUGCUCGAAGGUCUGCAUUCAUGGCGAGUGCAAAGGUCCAGAGAAGUGCCUUUGUUACAAAGGCUAUACGUUGGACCCUGCAAACCAGUACAACUGCCUGCCUCACUGCAGCACACCAUGUGGAAGAAAUGGCACUUGCGUUGCUCCAGACAAAUGCCAAUGUGACAGAGGGUACAGAACUAACAAGAACGGUACUUGUGAACCAGUUUGCAAUCCGCCUUGUGUUAACAGCCUCUGCGUAGCCCCAGAUACGUGCAAGCGUUGCACGGAUGGAUGUGAUCACGGCACUUGCGUUGACAAUGUCUGUGUUUGUGACCGAGGCUGGAAAAUAUCUGGCGACAAAACCUGUCAACCUGUAUGUUCAAGCACCUGUAUAAACAGCAACUGUGUAGAACCAGAGCACUGUCAGUGUCUUAAAGGAUAUGUAAAGUCUAGCACGAAUAGCUGCAAACCUUACUGCUCCGGCGGCUGUCCUCACGGAAGUUGUGUAGCACCCGAAACUUGUGUCUGCGACGCAGGAUGGCAAAUGGUCCAAUCUCCUUCUAAGGUCAAAUCCUGCCAACCAAUUUGCAGCAAGCCAUGUGUCAAUGGCACAUGUGUUGCGCCAGAUACCUGUGAAUGUCUGCCCGGCUACGAAAAGUCAGAUGUAAAUAAUAUUUGUGUACCUUACUGUUCAGAUUCGUGUCAAAAUGGCACUUGCGUGAGUCCGCACACUUGCCUUUGCUAUCCAGGGUGGGAGAUGAGACCCACUCAUGACAUCAUGAAUGAGACUUGUGUACCUGUAUGCAGCAAGCCUUGCGUCAAUGGGACUUGUGUAUCUCCAGACACUUGUGAAUGCCUCGAUGGCUAUGUAGAAUCUGAGACUAACGUUUGUAAGCCACACUGUGAAAAUGGAUGUCCAAAUGGUACCUGCGUCGAACCCGGCUCCUGUGUCUGUGAUUCGGGAUGGUACAAAACUAGUAACGGGACGUGCAUGAAGGAUGAGACUUCUAAAGAUAAAAGUAAAGGUGUUGAAAACAAAGGGUCUUCUGCCUGGGUGUAUGUUCUAGUCACACUACUUAUUGCUGUUCUGGUGGCAGCACUAGUUGUGUACUUCAGACGGGUCAGAAGGUACCAAACUCUUGAAGACGAUGGAACCGUGAUACUACCGUCUCAAGAAGGAAAUACAUCAACAUUGUUACAUAGGCACCGAGGUAGCUACGACAUUACUAAAAACUCUGAACUGUAAUUAAUUAAUUAAAUAAAUCUAAGUAAUUUCUGUGA